AUGGCGGACGACGCCGAGCUGCGUGUUCGCUCCGCCAAGCUCGAGGGCUUCCCGCCGUUUCCAACUUGGAAUGGUACAAUCGCUGCACCGCUCGAAGACACGCGCGGACUCUGCAGCGUGCUGGGCGCGGAUGGAGAGCUGGUGGUGCUGCAAAAUAGCAUGAGCGACGAAGACAGUGACAGCUGGUUGCGCAUCCUGAAAGUGCUGCCUGCUGCGGUGGAGAAGCCUUUGAGCUUCUGCCAGUGCUGGACAAACGAUGGAGCGGUGAUUGCCACAGCGCACGAUCGGAGCGUGGUGCUCUACAGUAGUGAUGACUUCAAGGCUCUGGUGAGACUGCAGCUGCGAUACUCCGUGACGUCAAUGGACAUCAUCAAGAGAUCCGGGACUACGACGAGACUUGACGACGCGUCGGAGUUUCUACUGAUAGUGGGCACUUCCUUUGGCUGUCUGCUGUAUAAAACACUGCUGUGCAAUGCAGAGAAUGGUCGCAAUAGCGCUGAGGAUACGCCAGUUGCAAGAGUGCACGAUAGGAUUCCUGUGUGCUUGGUCAAGUUCUCUAGCGAUGGCCACACAGCAGCCAUAGGUACCAUGGAUGGUAGACUGUUCUUGAGGAGGCUGUAUACCCAUGAGGAUGACGUGCUAGCAACUUUUGGGACCAGCGUAUUUACCAGAGUGCUCACAGCUCCACGGGUCACAAGCUUGAGCUUCUCUGUCUGCAACACAAGGCUCGCAGUGGCAACGAGGAAGGGCAACGUCUACGUAUUUGCCUGCACAUCGGAAGCAGGCGAAUGGCAAGUAUUGUCAAGUUGCAAGGAACUCAGUGGCAACCCCAAGCCUAAAGUAGGUGGCGCUGGUGUUAAUAGGGCAGCCACUGCGGCCCAGACGCUGGUGGUCUGGUGGGGGCCUGUGCUCGUGGUGUGCUCGCGUGUCGUUGCGUCACGGAUAGAAAUGUACGACUUUGAAUCGGGUUGCCUGCUCCACUCACUACAGCAUGAGCCAGCACCGGCAAAUGGUGCGUUGAACCGGUGGGUGGACCAGCAACUGGUCACGGGAAUUUGCACUAUGCAACACGUUCCAGUCGGUGGAUACUCGUCAAGGCUGCUUUGUCACGACACCAUCGCCAAUGUUGCCGUGGUAGAAUGGCCAUUCCUGCACGGUAUCGAGCUUGAAGGACGUUCGUUACCUCAGGUGACUUACCUCAGGUUCAUUGGUGCACCCAGUACAUCCCGCACCACCAACUCUUACAGAGGACCGGAUACACCCUGGACGGCCGACACGUACGCGGACCACGAAGGACUCUUCGAACAGCAAGUAAACGACGUCUUUUGUCACGCUAAAGGACUGCAAGUCUGCGAGCUCGGCAGCGUAGCAGAGGCCCGACAGAUCUUCCCACUGCAUAAUUGGCCUGUGGAUUCGGAUCGUGCCCCGGGCAGACGAAUUGCCACGAGUUGCGAAGGUUUUAAGGACGAUGUGCAACUCUGGGACUAUCAGAACAAGAUGCAGCUGUGCAAGCUCUGUGGAAACAUCACAGCAGAAGGAGAAGAACUCCAAGUAAAGUUCGGAGCGGAUCAUAUCGCAGAGCUGCUGGAAGUGGCUGCUAGCUUGUGCUGCUUCAUACUGGCGCGGUGGAUCUGGACGCUGCAGACGUUGAAGUUGAUUAGCGCCCAGUGGGAGCCCCAACAAGCGUCAAGCGUUAAGCUCCAGGGCAGAAUUGAUCACAAUAGUCGUCGGCUGCAUGCGAGGAUCUUCAAACUCUUCAUUGUCGAUGGAUACUCGCAGACGCUGAUACCCGCGCUGAUAGGAAUGCAGAGAAUGUAUUGCACGCCCGGACAUUGUCUCCACGCAUCGACAGCCACCACGUGUUUGCCAGGUUUGGAUCGAAUGGAGCCCCGUCGCUGCCGUCUGCAGGACUCGGCAAAUGCCUAA